AGGGCACAUUGCAGCCUCACCUUUGCAAAAGUACAAAAACAGGAAGAGUACCUUAACAAAUUUUAUUAAUGGCAUUGAAUAAUAUUUUCCACUCUAGUACAGCUAUACAACCAAACCAUUUCUCAUCUAUGCUAAAUUUGCUUUUGCUUAGGCGUGAUAUGAAGAGAUUUGGAAUAAAAGUUGCUUGUAUUGAACCCGGGACCUUUGAAACCAGAAUGACCAACUGUGAAAUACAUCGUCAUGAAAAGGAAUGCCUCUGGGAUGAUCUCCCACCGGAUGUGAGAAAAGAGUACGGAGAAGACUAUUUAAUACAAUCGGUUGUCAGACGGGAGAAACUAGUGAAAUUAUUGUCGAGUACAGAUCUUUCCCUGGUGGUGUGGUGUAUGGAACAUGCUCUAUCAGCCAAGUACCCAAGGACUCGGUACAGUGACAGCAUUGAUGCAAAACUACUAUGGAUCCCCCUAUCAUAUUUGCCAACAUUUAUUGCAGAUUACCUGCUGACUACGGAUACGAUAAUAAACCCAAGUUCUGUGUAAAGGAUUCUCACUCUAUCUUCAGUGUGAACAUUGUUUAUUAGAAACAUUGACACUGGAAGGCUCUGGACCAAAUUGCAGACAAUUUGUGACAUAUUUGUACAUGGAGCUUAAAAAAAUGGAGGGUUAUGGGCAACCCUGGGU